UAUGACUGCUGUGAUGUAAAGAGUCAGUGUUUCUUUGUUCCCAGAGGUGAGGAACUACAUCUGUGACCAGUGCGGCCAGACGUUCAAGCAGAGGAAGCAUCUGUCUGUGCAUCAGAUGCGUCACUCCGGAGUCAAACCGCUGCAGUGCGAGGUGUGCGGUUUCCAGUGCCGCCAGCGGGCCUCUCUCAAGUAUCACAUGACCAAGCACAAGGCGGAGGCGGACCUGGAGUUUGCUUGUGUGAUCUGCAGCAAACGCUUCGAGAAGGCGCACAAUCUGAACGUGCACAUGUCUAUGGUGCAUCCUCUCCUGCAGGGCGCCGGUGGUUCUGUUCCUCCAGACUCGUCCGCCAGCAGCCCGUCAGCAGCUCAACACGCCGACUUCAGAUCCCAGCAGACGAGUGCCGCCGCGCACCCAUCCAACCUCAGCUACGUGCUGGACAGUCUUCAGUCCAAACUCACCGACAGCACAGUAUAGACCAGCGGCUCUCAAAGCUCAGAUCCCGAAUCUGACACUCCUACUUCAGCUGCUGGAGUCUCACUGAGGAGUGCUGGAAUAGAGCGGAGAAUGAUCUAGAGGUCGAGCUCGUCACGUCUGUGUUACAGCAGUCCCAAUCAGCACCUGCUCAGAGCUCUCUUCCAAAGGCUAGCGAGUCGCUCUUAUAAGAGUGUUUUAAACACUCACAGGUCACAGAACGCUACGGCUAGAGUAACAUUUUUUUCCUCACAAGCUGCAUGAAAAAACAGGGAAGUUAUAGAGAAGGUUUAGAGCUGACAAACCAAAUGUGUCCAGCCCAGUUUAGCCAUGAAAUGCUGAAAUCUGGAGUUUGAUCCAACGUUUCUGAACAGCCAAUCACACGAAACACACAGAGCAAUGGUUUCAGUUCACUCUCACGAGAGAGUCGGCGCAAUUCACUGCUGUAAGAGAUUGUUAUGAAAAAUGUCAUGAAUUUAAACGUUUACAAGGCGGGAAAAAACUAACUCUUGCCUCAAAAGUUGGAGAAGGCAGCAGAAAGAAAACAUCUGACUAUAUGAAAGCAGUCAAUCAUUUCUAGUUCUCAAAGAGCUUAAAAAGAAAACAAGCUUAGCCAUUUUACAAGCUUUAUAUAUUCUAAAGUUUUAUUCAUAUGUACGUAUUUAAAAGUUGAAAGUUAGAAAUAUAUUUCCUUGUUUAAUGCAAUAAAGAUAUAAAAUUCAUAUAAGUAGUGUAAUUAUUAGCAAAAGUGAUUUUUCUCUGCUUUAAUUUGGAGCAAGAAUCAGUCUUUAAAAGUCUUAAAUGUUGUAUCAAAUUUAAGACCAUAAUCUUAAAAGGUACAAAAAAGUCCUUGAUUUCAGGAGGUCUUAAAUUUGGGGACUAAAAAACAGAAUUGUGAUACAGCUGAAUGUGAGGAUUAAACUUCAGAAGACUGAUUUCAUUGAAUAAACAUGAGCACUGCUUGUUUCAUAGUCAGCUGCUGCAGCUGGUUACCAGGGGAACCACAAUAUUUCUGCUGUCCCGAAAGCUCCUCCUGCUGGCAGAGAAUGAAAGUGCAUUUUUUCAAUAAGCCUGUCUGCUGUUUUUAUUCAGACCAAAGUGAAAAUCAACCCGUUUUUACGCUGCAAACACGCAGACUUGUAAAUGUGACCCGGUGGAUCGACAAGAAGAUUAUAAAUGCAUUAUAAAAAUCUAAACAAC